CCAGAGAUGAGUAAACACCAGCAUGAACCUCCUUAUGAAAUUGAGAACCAGUUUAUAUGGCGUCUGCCUCCGGAACAUGCUGCUACUGUCAGAGAAAUUAUACAUUCCGGAAGUGCCGCCAUGAAAGAUAAACUAAAAAUUGACUUGUCUGCUGAUGGACGUCAUGCAGCUGUUGAGGUGAAAGAUGUCUCACUAACUGCUAAGGUGGUUGACUUGCCUUGCGUUAUUGGAAGUCUGAAGACUCUUGACAAUAAAAUGUUUUAUAAAACGGCAGAUAUUUCCCAGAUGCUUGUGUGCACUGCUGAUGGUGAUCUCCACUCUUCUCCAGAAGAAGCAGUUACCUCUACUGAUCUUCAAGUAAUCAAGAAAAAGGAAAAGGAGAGACAGAAAAAAUAUGCCUGGAAGCAUGGCAUUACUCCACCACUUAAGAAUGUCAGAAAGAAAAGGUUCCGCAAAACAAGAAGAAAGCUGGUUGAUUUCAAACAAGUCAAAGAAGUCAGCUUUACUGAGUGCGCUGAAUCUGUUGAUCCAGAAAAGGAAGUGAAAAGACUGCUGCGCUCUGAUGCUGAAGCUGUCAGUGUCCGAUGGGAAGUAAUUGCUGAAGAUGAAACCAAGGACAUCGAAAGUAAAGGCUCUGUUCCAAGCUUUGAGAUGUCCCCAGGAACAAGUGGCUAUAAGCCGGAUGAUAGCUCACCAGACUAUCAUAUGCUUCGGAGGAUACUCAAUGAUUCUAGCAAUAGCAGUGAUGAUGAAGAGGAAAAGGAUAAGUACCAGGACGAGGACGAGGAGGAGGAGGAGGAGGAGGAGGAAGAGGAUGAUGAUGAUGAUGAUGAUGAUGAUGAUGAUGAUGAAGAAUUUUACUAUGAUUAUGAGAAUGAAAAGGCGGAACAGUAUUAUGAAGAGAAUAUGGAAAGGGAGCUACAGGCCAAGUUAAUUGAAUUUGGCCAGUGUAAGACAAAGGAAGGAAUCAGUUUAAUAGUCGUAGAAAUUCGGAAGCAUAUUCAUUACAUGGAGAAAAAGAUCCAAGACAUUCAGUGCAGAGCACAAAGACAAAAGAAUCUCAUCAAGAAAGUGGAAAACCUGACACUGAAGAAUCAUUUAUACUCUGUGCUGGAGCAGCUUGAGUUACAGAAAAAACAAAAAAAUGAGCAGAUAAUUUCCCUACAGGAAAAACUGAAAUUUUUUCUGGAGAAGUGAGGAGAGCCUUCAGCCUUGCACAGCCAGAUUGAAGAUUGCAUGAAACUGCAUGUUUCCAUUUGUUUCAUUGUUUUAUGUUGAAUCAUUUGUAUUCGUUUCUCUGUGCCACUUUUUGCUAACUAUAUUUGAAGUUUCUAGUAGUGUAGAAAGGGACAAAUUAUAAAAAAGUAGUAGACCUAAGGACACAACUCAACUAUGGGACUUUGCUUCUCUUUAUGAAUUUGAGAAUUAUUUAUAUUGCUCUGUUCCAUGGUGC